AUGUUCGAUGACUUGGCCGCGAAGGCCGGAGGCCACAUCCUCAGCGCCAGCGGUGUACGUUUUGGCCAUAUCCUCAGUCCCAGCGCCGCUCCUCCAGCUUUGCUUGAAAACUCAAUCGGGGGGUUGCCCCGCGUGGGCGUGCUGGCUACCGUGAAGCGCGUGACGCGCACCGAGCAAGGCACUUUGAUGCUGCAGUACGAGGGCUUCAAGCGGAUUAAGUUGAUCAACAUCUGGCAGUUCCAGCCGUACAUGGUGGUCUUGGGGGGGAUGUGCGGGGUCGUGGGGCUGCCGCCCCACUUCCCCGCACUUUCCCCUCUCUCCUGCCCCUUGUUCUUGGAAAGCUUUAGGCGAAAGUUUUGA